AAUCAGACAGGGAGACGUGUGUCAGAAUCAGGACUCUGCACCCUGCUGCUGCUGUCUGUGGACAUCACUUGCUGUGGAUUUUUCUUUGUGGAGCCCUGCUUUCUGCCAGCCGUCAGAGCCAGUGAGGACAGCAGGUGUCUUCUUCGGAGGUACGCAUCGGGCCCAUGAGACUGACGCAGGACCCUAUCCAGGUUUUGCUGAUCUUUGCAAAGGAAGACAGUCAGAGCGACGGAUUCUGGUGGGCCUGUGACAGAGCCGGUUACAGGUGCAGUAUUGCUCGGACUCCGGAGUCAGCCCUGGAAUGCUUUUUAGAUAAACAUCAUGAGAUUAUUGUGAUUGACCACAGACAAACCCGGAACUUUGAUGCUGAAGCUGUGUGCAGGUCGAUCCGGGCCACAAAUCCCUCCGAGCACACGGUGAUCCUUGCAGUGAUUUCACAAGCAUCGGGCGACCAUGAAGAGGCCUCGGUCCUCCCUCUUCUGCACGCAGGCUUCAACAGGAGAUUUAUGGAGAAUAGCAACAUAAUUGCUUGCUAUAAUGAACUGAUUCAAAUAGAACACGGGGAGGUUCGCUCGCAGUUCAAAUUACGGGCCUGUAAUUCAGUGUUUACAGCGUUAGACCACUGCCAUGAAGCCAUAGAAAUAACCAGUGAUGACCAUGUGAUUCAGGUAUGAAGAAACUUUAUAUCUCUCUGGGCUACAGUAGAAUGUGGAUUGAGCUGCUUUCUCACGAUUCCCACAUCUCAGUACCUUCUGCUUUGGAUAAUGGGUCAGCACAUAUAAAGAAAAUCAGUAGCAUGAAGAGGCAGUUCACUGGGUAGAUUGUCCUCAGUCCACAUAUGAGGUCCUACGUCUCUCAAAGAAAUGGUUGAGCUGGAGAACUGAGUUAUAGUCAGUGUGACUAUAACAUAUGCAAGGCACAGGCUACCUUUCUCAGUACCACACUAAAAAAGCAAGGAAAGAAAAUGGAUAGAC